GACAAAGAAGAACCAUAUAUCUCAUACUGAGGGAGGUGGAAAUCAGACUUUCCACAAUGGCGAUUGAACCUCUCCGUGACAAUCUGGACACCGUUGCAGCAACCGACCAACCAUACGACUGUGAUUCCACUUCUCAGCAGCAACUCACUGUGUACAACUACGAGCUGAGUGGUCCACACUCCACAGUUCUUUCCCCAGCCAACCAAGCAAGCACAUAUGGUGGAGUCACCAGCCUUGGACAAAACCAAGUUCAGAUUGCUGCAGAGGGUAGCCCUGAGCACCGCCGGAUUACAUCAAACUAUGCUAUUCACUGCAUAAGCCAGAUGCUGAUGGAAGACAUUGACGAGAGGGUUGACAUAUGCCAAGAGGAGGUUGCUCUCCAGGUUGCUGAGAAGCCGUUCCGUGACAUUCUUGGACAGGUAUACACGCCGGCUACUAACUGGCCACCACUGCAUAGCAACAACGAAACAGACAACCCCGAUAAGAGUGGGAUCAGCUGUUACAAGAGGCUCGGGAGCACUAGCUUCAGUAAUGACUGUUCAAGUUACAGCUUGGUACAGCCCUUAACAACCCCAAUGAGUCCAUAUAUCUGCAAUAGGAGUCUUUUUCUACCAAACCAGCCAUUGAUGAGUGUUGGAUGGACUUCCGGAUCUGGCUUCCCUGCCUUGCAUUGUCAGAGAGGUGUCGAGGAGGAAAAGAUAUUUGCUUCAAGUAUUGAUAAGCUGGUGAUAUAUGUAGAGAAUGGCAUACUUUCUAUUUCCAAACUGACCGCAAAUGCAAAAGUAGGAGAGAGGAGCACAAACACGACCUUUGAGGUGGCAGACCAAAGGGACUGGGAUAUCUUUCAAGGAAGGAGCAAUAAACAUCAUGCCAUCACCACUUGUGCAAUAAUUCGAAAUGAAAAUUUCGACCGAGUUCUGCUAUGCUAUGGUCGUUCCGACCAAAUAAAAAGACUGCGAGAAAGGAUGGAAGGGGAAGGAAACAAUAACUUGCUGAAAGGCCGGAGCAAAGGGCGUGCCCAUCAGAAGCUAUGGGCUAGGAAGCGGCCAAGGAAAGAGUUGGUUGAUCUCAGGACUCUCCUCAUCCAUUGUGCACAAGCUGUGGCAGAAGACCACCACCUAUUGGCCAGUGAACUGCUAUUGAAGAUAAGACAACACUCUUCUGCAGAUGGUGAUUGUACUCAGAGGCUGGCAUUUUAUUUGGUGGACGGCCUUGAGGCACGCUUGGUUGGGAGCGGGAGCCAGAUUUAUCACAACCUCAUGGAGAGGCGAACAAAUACCACAGACUGGUUAGAGGCUUACAGCCUUUUUCUUGCAGCUUGCCCUUUCAAAAGGGCGUCAUACUACUUUGCCAACCAAACUAUUUUUGAUGUCUCACAAAGGCAACCAAGGGUGCACAUCGUCGAUUUCGGCAUCGGCUUUGGCUUUCAGUGGCCAUUAAUGAUUCAGAGAUUUGCACAGCAAGAAGAGGGAGCCCCUAAGCUUCGGAUCACAGGUAUAGACACUCCCCAGCAAAGUUUGCGCCCCUGCGAAAUGAUCGAAGAGACAGGUAAGCGGUUGGCUGAUUAUGCAAACAUGUUCAAGGUACCAUUUCAGUAUCAGGGCAUUGCCGCUUCAAGAUGGGAGACCAUUAAAAUUGAGGAUCUUAACAUUACCGAGGAUGAAGUUCUCAUAAUCAACUGCAUAUUCCGGAUGAAGAAUCUUGGUCAUGAAACCGAAGCCAUAAAUGGCGCAAGGAAUGAGCUGCUGAAAACUAUGAGGCAGAUGAACCCAAAGGUUUUUAUUUCUGGCAAUGUGGAUGGGUUUCACAGUUCUCCCUUCUUCAUACAACGAUUCAAAGAGGUUAUGCUCCAUUACUCUUCAAUGUUUGACAUGCUUGAUGCAAAUGUUCCACGGGAAAAUGAAGCAAGAAAGAUGAUUGAGAGGAUCCUAUUUAGGCGGGACGCACUUAACAUCAUAGCAUGUGAGGAUGCAGAAAGGACUGAGAGGCCAGAAAGUUACAGGCAGUGGCAAGCAAGGUUCCUCAAGGCUGGGUUCGAGCAGCUUCCUGUCGAUCCAGCCAUCUUAAAGAAAAUAGUUCACAUGAAGAACUCACUUUAUCAUGAGGAAUUCUUUGCUGUUGAAGAUCGCGGUUGGCUGCUACAAGGAUGGAAAGGGAGAGUACUUUAUGCUAUAUCUAAAUGGAAACCUAAUGAAAUAUACGAUGAUCAGUAUGAUCCAAGCGGGUUUUCAAGUGUGCGAACAUGCGUGGGCAACUUCCCGCCUCGGUAUCUACUUGCAUGAUUCUCAGCACCAUGUAUCUAAAGCUGAACACUGUAAGAUAUUCUUUCAUCAGAUGAGCAUUGGGAACUAUCUUGGAAAGAGAUGGGAUGGGGAUUCGAAUGUCGAUACUCAACAUGUUUUGAUGUGGUUCAACUGUGCAACAUACACGACAUAUGUAGGAAAUAAAUAGAAGGCGACUGUAAAAUUGCACUUUACUUUUGUGUUCUUUUCAAUUUCUGAACAAACUGUUCUAGAAAGUUGCUCUAUAAGUGAAUCCGGGUUUCUUUUUAACGAAUAUUAACUAUGUGUACUUGGUUAUUGUUUUGAUCAGUUUAUUGGGCAUACUAGACGAGAUUAGUGGAAACACCAUACCUAGACACUGGUCUUACUGUGAAGGAGAUUAUUGCACUGCCUACCUCUCAAAAUAAGCGAAAUGAAAGGUCAGAGAAAAUGUCAUUUCUGGUUUGAAGACGGUAAUUGUACUUAAUCUAAACAAGGUUUCUAUAAACGAAUCCAAAAUCCAAUCAAAUGAACUAGUAUGCACAUAUUAGGUAAUAUAGGUCGUCAGCUGCGCAACUCGAUAAGUGCAAGACAAAUCAUACCGAACAAUCCUUAAUUCUCUCAGAAACCCGUGAAGUGAUGUUCACCCGUGUAAAUUCUAGCUACUAAGUUAUGUGAUGUUUCAUGCACAAAAGCUUCUCAGUUAACACAGUACAGAGUCUUAACAUCAACGGCACAGAAAUAUCAUGUUUUAAAUAGAACGUGCAAAUAAGAAAGUGAAAAAAUAAAUUUGCAAGUGAACAACGCAUAAAAAUCUCGGAAAUGAGAUUCAAGUUGGUUAUAUUGUUAAAUCUGGUAAUGUUGUGAGGAGCUUAGAUAGCUGUGUAAUUUUUAACAAUCUGGAAGGAGAUGACAUGUCACUUCUACUUUUGCUACAGAACGAGCUUGUAAAAGAUGGGCACUUUAUAUUCCUGACAAAUUUACAAUUCAGAUUAUACUCACCAACUAAUUGGUAGGACUAUAAAUACGCAAUAUGGAUAACCCUAAAUGUUGUAUAGACUAGCAAAUGAAUUAACUUGAAACUAAAUCAUGUAGACCCCAGAACAUCAUGGCAACAUGACCCCUGAAGGACAAGCACUUCCUACCUUUAUUUAACAAAAUAAACUAACUGCAAAUAGUAAGUCCGCACAUCCAUAUUAGGACCAAUCAACCAGGUAACAGAACGACUAUAAACAUGUUGUGCAGAAUCAAUUGACCACAAAGAAAAGAGAUAAACAAAGAAAUCACUAUGGAGUAAUCGUGCAUAGAAUAAAAUGUUGCAUUUCCUCAAUUAAUAAACAGAAC